AUGGACUUGAUCAUAGGCCACGUCAUAGGCCACGGCUCCUCCGGCGCCGUGGUCUCCACCGCCACCUCCAUAUCCUCCGGCGAGAUCCUCGCCGUCAAAUCCGCCGACCUCCGGCGAUCGCAAGCCUUACGGAGGGAGGAAAAAAUCCUCUCCACCCUCAACCACCCGAACAUAAUCGGCCACCGCGGAUGCCACGUCAGCAUCGAGGGACGAAGACCCGUUUUCCGCCUCGUCAUGGAAUACGCGCCAGGCGGCACGCUGGCCGACGCCAGUUCGCUCGACGAGCCCACGAUCGCCCGCCAUGCGCGCGCCAUCGUGGACGGGCUCGAUUAUCUCCACUCCCGAGGCAUCGUGCAUUGCGACAUUAAGGGUAGCAACGUGUUGAUUAAGGAUGGUGAGGCGAAAAUCGCGGAUUUCGGCUGCGCCAAGCUGGCGGAUGACGUGGUGGCGGUGAUUGGCGGCACGCCGCUCUACAUGUCGCCGGAAGUUGUUCGUGGGGAGGAGCAGAGUUUUGCGGCGGAUGUGUGGGCGCUCGGGUGCACGGUUAUCGAGAUGGCCACCGGAGGACGGCCGCCGUGGCGGCCGAAUGAUGCUUCGACGCUUGCGAAGAUUGCGUUUUCCGGCGAGACGCCGGAGGUGCCGGAGUUCUUGUCGGGCUCGGCUAGGGAUUUUAUCGGGAGGUGUUUGAGGGUCGACCCAAGAGAGAGGUGGACGGCUGGAAAGCUGGCGGGGCAUCCGUUUGUGGCUGCGUUUGGGUUUGGGUUCGGGCAGGCGAAGGAGGUGACGGGCAGAACGUGUUCGCCAACUAGUGUUCUUGACCGGGGGAUUUGGGGCUCGGCUGAAGAAGGAUUUUCGGAAGAUUUGUCGAGUGAGCCGGUGGAGAGGAUAAGGGAGCUGUGUGUGGAGUCUUUUGUAAAGGAGGAUUGGGAGUGUGAAGAGGGAUGGAUAACAGUUAGAGAUUGUGAAAAUGUGAGGAAAAUUGGUGGAAUUAAGUGUGGGGAUGAGUUUAGAGAGUGGAGUUUUGAAUUUUGUGGGAAUUUUAGUUUACAGAGGGAAACAGGGGAGAACAGAGGAGUUAGAUGA